AUAAGCGGAAAAGUACACUGGGUUACAUUUACUUGUAGUUUUCGCUUAUUUGUGGACUAAAAGCCAAAUUGUACUGCAAAUUCCACAAUUUCGCAAAUCCCAAACCAUUUGUCAAGAAAAUUAUGAGUACUGAAAAGUUUGAGGACAGAAAAGCCAGAAUUGUUCUUCAGCAAUGCUUGUCAGCUCGACUGCAAGUUCAGCCAAAAUCCGACACAGAAGAAGCACAGUUUGUUGAGAUUGGAAGAGGUUUGAUAGUGUAUAUAUGCUUCCUGAAAGGUUCAACAUCAGACACAGUGUCCAAAAUGGUUAAGGCAGCAUUAAAUACCAGACUUAGUGCAAAUGAUGAAGGGAAAUUAGUAUCCAUAUUAGAACUACCUGGAGAUGUGUUGAUUGUACCACAAGCUACAUUAGGAGGUACAUUGAAGGGAAAAUUGAUGCAGUAUCAUAAAAACAUUGAUAAAGAGGAAGGCAAAAAACUGUACGAUGAAUUUGUGCAAUCGUGUAAUGACAUAGUAAAACAAAACAAUCCUAAUGUUUCUGUACAGAGUGGUACAUAUGGAAACAGACAGGUGUUUAGGACAGACACCAAUGGACCAUAUACUCAUAUGAUCGAAUUCUAAUCAUACUUUUUUAUUGAAUAUAUGUAUUGAAUAUUUAUGAUAGAUGCUGAAACAAAAACAAAUUAAAGAUUUGUUCUCUUUAGAAUUUUGAUUGAACAUUUGAAGUGGACAUUUUCCACAGAUUAGAAAACAAUUAUAGUGUCAUUGGAAAUUUCUUGAACUGUGAAUAGAAAUUUAUUGAGGUAAACAUGUAGCAAGUGGUUAAUAGCAGAUGGCAAACUUCAUUAAAUUGGGUUUUUUGUCUAGGGCAUGUGUGGAGGUGUAAGAGGAUAUAGAUAUAUUUAUGAUCAGUUGUUUUUUUUCAUUGACCAUUUAACCAGUGUUUGACUUUGACACAGUUUGACAAACUGUAAACCUAUCUGCAACAAACAUUUUGCUUAAAAAUCCUUAAAAUUUUAAUCAGCUGUUAUGUUAUUCAUAUAUUAAUUUUAAAUGGAUUUUUACAACAUUGUAUAACCUUAUACUCAUUUGAAACCGAUGAAGUAUCGACAGGGCUGACAUUCAACGUGAAGUAGUAAAUCUCUUAGGUAGUCAAUUCUAAGUUAGUGCAAACCUUUGUUUUUGACAAUGCUGAAAGGCAUUUGUCUUUGUCAGAAACAUCAGUAUUAUUCUUGUCUUCUUUCCAUUUGUGAAUUGCUUACCAAAGUUAUUUAGAUUGGAAAUCAAAUAUCAACAAAGUUCAUGAAGUUAUAGUACUGAUUACCAAACUUUUCUCUAUUUACAGUAUAAACUGUUCUAACUACCGAAACAUAAAAACACUACCUUCGCCCAUUUUAUUAAAAUAUCAAUAAAUUACACAACAUUUAUAAUAAAUAUCACAGAUGAUGACUAAUUGAUGGAAACUUAACAUCUAGUGGUAAAUACAAUAACAUUCAUAUUCAGAUGAUGUUAAUAAAAUGCUUCGCUGGGGCGCAGCUUGAUACGACCGCAGAGGUCGAACCCUGAACAGUUGGGGCAAGUAUGGACACAACAUUCAAGCUUGAUACAGCUCUGAAUUUGGAUUGUUAUUAAAUAUUUGACACAGCAUAGGUUUCUGACACAGAAAGAAUGUGGUCUAAGAACUUGAAUUUUUAUAAUUUACCUAUUAUGGUCCAAUGUCCAAAAUCAAAAUACAUGGUUAGAUUCAGCAUAUCAAAGAACCCCAAUAAUUCAAUUUUUGCUAAAAUCAAACUAAGUUUAAUUUUGGACCCUUUGGACCUUAAUGUAGACCAAUUUAAAAAACGGGACUUAAAAUUAAAAAUCUAAAUACACGGUUAGAUUUGGAAUAUCAAAGAACCCCAAUAAUUCAAUUUUUGAUGAAAUCAAACAAAGUUUAUAAUUUUGGACCCUUUUGACCUCAAUAUGAACCAAUUUGAUAGCGGGGCCCACAAAUAAAAAAUCUAAAUUCAUGGUUAGAUUCAGCAUAUCAAGGAACCCCAUAUAUUCAAUUUUUGUUGAAAUCAAAAAAAGUUUAAUUUUGGACCCCAACUUGGACCAACUUGAAAACUGGGCCCAUAAUCAAAAAUCUAAACACAUGUUUAUAUUUAG